AUGUGUCCACAACUGGAAUCGCUUAGUAGACGUCGUAUGAAGGACCUCAUGUCCAGCAUUGGCGACAAGCCUGGCGUCCAGACACUUGAUCCUACGCCGCACUCAAGUGGCCCGACGUCAGACUGGACUAGAAGUCGGUUUCUUGGCGCAGUCGGCAGGAUCCACGGGAACGACACCUUAUUGGCAACAACUCACACAUCGGGGAACACAACACAAAUGGCAACAAAAGACCCAAAGAUCGAGAAGUUUUCCGGCGAUGACUCCACUGAUGUCAACGACUGGUUGGCGAGACUUGAGCUCCGGUUCCUCAAUCGGAACAUCACAACAGAUAAACUCAAGCUCUCGAAGACUGCAUCUUUAGUUACCGGCGAAGCCUUUCGCUUCUUUGCCUCAACGGUAGCGCCCAUCAGGUCGACCAUCAUGUGGGAGGACUUCCACCAACGCUUCACACAACGCUUCCGAUCUCUUGAGCCCAACCCUUGCGCUCAGCCUAUGAGACACACAAUGCCUGACAUCUCAUCACAACACGUGGUCAAGAACUGCGAUGUCUCAGAACUCCCUGCGCAGGCAUACCAAAGAAACAGCCUAUUUGUAGCCAUUGCUUCAGCAUUGGCAUCAGCGCUCGCCAUCCACUCCAGGACUAGGGUUCCCAAAUCUCCAGGUUCAAGCAGGACUCUCAAGGAAUCGGUGGAGUGGAGUUCAACUGACCUGGAUAAGAUGAAUAACACGGCUGUUGUAUCUAUUAGAUACUUGUCUACCGAGCAUACUAUCAACAGCUAUUCACCUAUAUUCGUCAUAUUGGACAUGGCGCUAUACAUGCCGGUGCUGCUGCGUGGUGCUAUCGGUACUGCCGUGGGUAGUGGUGUCGGCGCCGGAUUGAGGGAAACGAUGGGUGGCGUGAAGAGUGCGUUAGGCGGUGAUAACACUAUGUUAGGCAAAGCUACCGGUGCUGUUACGGGAGUGAUUGGACAGGGUGCCGCAGUUGGUGAUAAAGUGUCUACGGUGCCGGAAAAGAUUUACUUGGAAAAGGCACUGGAUCAGGUUCAUAUGGUGGUCCAACCGGUAGUGUUUUUGGUGGAAAUGGGGGUCCAUUAAACUUUGGCUUUAAAUAAAUGACCAUGUACUAAUCAGAAUUUAACUUGUUAAGUUUAUGGUGC